UGCGGCAUUGCCAUUUCCAUUCUCAAGCUUCGUCGUCUCGAAGCACAGAACAGGCGGCCUUUCCGAUCGAGUCGUCGUCUUCUUCUUCUUCUUCUUCUUCUUUCUUUCUUUCUCCAAGAACUGGCUAACUUAGCGUGUGAAUCGAGUCUGGAGGAGGGCAACCGGGAGAGGGUGCGAGCGCUCUACGACGCGUUGAGCGGCGGCGACGCGGAGGCGGUGCAGCAGUUGCUGGCACCUGACAUUGAGUGGUGGUUCCAUGGGCCGCCGGCUUGCCAGUAUAUGAUGCGCAUGCUCACCGGCCAGCAGCAGAGCGACGAGUCUUUCCAGUUCGAGCCGUCGUCCGUCACUGCGAUCGGCGACUGCACCGUCGUCGCGGAGGGGCGGAACGCCAGCCUCGUUUGGGUGCACGCCUGGACGGUCGCGGAUGGGGUAAUCACCCAGGUGCGCGAGUACUUCAACACCUCGCUCACCGUCACCCGCUUCGCCGCCCCGUCCUCCUCCUCCACCUCCUCCUCGUCCAAGCGGUCGGCUCAUUGCCUGCCACUGUGGCAAAGCAGUUCGCCGAGGGGUACGGCCAAGUCCAUGCCCGCCCUUGUUCUCGCCAUCUAAGGAGAAGACUGGAAUCUCUAUCUGUCGCUUGCGCGUGUCUUUCUGAGAGACGGUCGUAAACCGGCAGUUCCUCCGAUGGGAUAGAACCCCCUUCUUUUCUGCUUCCUCUGUUGGUUGAUUCUGCUUUUGUUUUUGUUAAGGAUAGUUAGGUUGCUUUCGCGUCCGUUGGUUGUUUUCUCAUUUUCCUUGUUCUGCUGUCCCCUGUGUUUUUGCGUCUUCCUUUUUCGUGUCUUAUGGACAGAAGUUGGAUUCCUGUCGAUGUUUGGUGUUGUAGUAUUGUUUCUCUGAGUUCAAUGAAAGGCUUUCAUGGCUUUGUUUUAAACAUAACGAGAAGAG